GUUUUAUUGUCUCACCGAUUUCAAUAAACAAUACUCAAACCCUUACACAAAUAACCAAUAGAGAUACAAGUCAAUCAAUUAGUGCACUAUUAUAAACAUUAAAGGACAAGAGAAUUUGUCCCUACAUAUAAUAUGAGCUUAGAAGCAGCACCAUGAUUAUGAGCUCUUGUUAAUCCAUUAAAACAGAUGAAAUUAUAAACUAUAAUCUGGUCCUUCCAACUACCAAUUAUAAAUUUGUCCAACCUAAUGUACUUCUGGAUAGAAUCCUAUGAUUCCCUCCCACAACUCCAGAAUGCACAAAUCCGAAAGGUCAAGGUUGCCCCUUGUGAUGUCAGAAUAAGAGCUCAUACUGCCAGGGAUGUUUUUGUCUGCACUCUGAAGGCCAAACAAUUUUAAAAUCGCUAGUGGGGGCAUUGCUGUUUUGAAUAAAAGACACUGUUUGAGUCCCCAAUCUGUACUCCAUUUCAUAGCAAUGGAGAAUCAGCCUUCAAAUGGAAGAAAAGCUAUGGAAGAAGAGCUCAACAAAGGGCGUGACACAGCCAACCAGUUACUCCAAAUACUUGUUCAUAAAUCCAACACUCGUCAUUCAGAUGCAGAAGUAGAAGGGUUAGUGUUGCCAUUUGCAGAAGAUCUCGCUCGUAAGGUACUGAGAUCGUUCUCAAAUACCCUUUUGCUUUUGAACACUCACACUGAUGUUUCCGACGGUGUUGUUAUGCCUGUCACCGUCAAUGAUGUCUCUUCGUCCCUCAAAUGCCCUAAUCUUGAGGAUAAGGAUGGGGUUUGCAAGGGUUCCAUCAACGCUAAAAGACGAAGAGUGUCCCACAAAAGAAAUGCACCAACAUGGGAGAAGAACAGCUCUCACCUGAUGGAAGAUGGCUAUAUAUGGAGAAAGUAUGGACAGAAAAUGACCAUCAAUGCAAAAUACCUCAGGAGCUACUACAGAUGCACUCACAAGUAUGAUCAGGGUUGUCCAGCAACCAAGCAGGUUCAAAGGGUUCAAGAGAACCCUCCAUUGUACAGAACAACUUAUUAUGGUCAUCACAAUUGCAAAAUUUCUUUAAGUCCAGAAAUAAUGUUGGAACCAGAUUCUUCUUCUGACUCUUCUAUGUUCCUUAGCUUCAGUACCACCUUCCCAGAAGAAAAAUACCAGUUUUCAUCAUCAGUUUUUUCAUCCACGAAACAGGAGCCUAUGGAAGUGAUUCCGGAUGAAUGUGGUAUACACAACCAAUUACCCUCUUCAGAUUACAAUCUGUUAAGUGACUAUGAACUUGAUUUCAAUUGUUUGAGGCAUGACACUAUGCAGUCUAUGCCAUCCUCCACUGAAUCUGUUCAAUUUGAUAAAGUUUAUGGUAGUGGUAUGGAUUUUGAUGGCUAGGAAUGUUUCAGUUUUUACAUUACUUAUUUCUGUAAGGGCUUUGGUAACUUCAUCUUCGAACAGAGGUUAAUUGCUUUUAUUACUUAAUUUAGGAAGUCUUUACAGUGUGAUUGAGAUAAUAGUUCAUAUUCUUUUAGAUACAAUAACUCAUAUGUACACGAACAAAUUUAGAUGAGAAAGUUGUGCUGAAAAUAACUCCAAA